GUGUUCACUGGCCUUGUCUGGCAGCUGGCAACUGCGACGGAGGUGCAUCUCACUUCAGUCCGCUCUCAACCUUCCUUGCCUUCUGAAUUCUGCAUUCUUUCCUGCAGACCUACAGACCUCUGCACCCUUUACCAAGUCCUCUCUGCACCAGUAGUCAGCAUGGCCCUUAGCAUGAAGUGUCUCCGCAGUUUGGGGCUCAGGGUGUCGCCUCAGCUCAGCCGUAUCCAGCACCUCUCGGCCCAACCCGCCGCGAACAUCGUGGAGAAGAAGGAUGCUCCAAAAGCCAAAUUUGACUGGAGGGAUGCACUCAAUCUGGAGAGUCAGCUGACUGAGGAUGAGAUUAUGAUCCGAGAUGCUUUCCAAGACUACUGCCAGGAGAAGUUGAUGCCACGGAUUAAGGAAGCAAACAGGCAUGAAAAAUUUGACCGUGACAUCAUGUCUGAGAUGGGGGCCAUGGGAGUACUGGGGCCCACCAUCCAUGGCUAUGGGUGCCCUGGGGUGUCCUCUGUGGCAUACGGACUCAUUGCAAGGGAGGUGGAGAGGGUGGACUCUGCCUACAGGUCAGCCAUGUCUGUGCAGUCUUCCCUUGUCAUGUACCCCAUCUGGGACUUUGGUACAGAAGAACAAAGGCAGAAGUAUCUCCCAAAGCUGGCAAAGGGAGAAUUGGUGGGUUGCUUUGGUCUGACGGAACCCAACCAUGGAAGUGACCCAGCAGGCAUGGAGACCCGGGCCAAGUACAUCCCCUCAGACAAGGUGUACCUCCUCACUGGCUCCAAGACAUGGAUCACCAACUCACCCAUUGCUGAUGUAGUGGUGGUGUGGGCCAAGUGUGAGGAUGGCCACAUCAGAGGCUUUAUCAUGGAAAAGGGCAUGAAGGGCCUUGAUUGCCCCAAGAUUGAAGGGAAGUUCUCUCUGCGAGCAUCCGACACUGGCAUGAUUCUAAUGGAUGAGGUGGUUGUGCCAGAGGAAAAUAUGCUGCCUGGUGUUAAAGGACUCAAGGGUCCAUUCAGCUGCCUCAACAAUGCCAGGUAUGGCAUUGCAUGGGGUGCCCUAGGAGCAGCUGAGUUUUGCCUGGACAUGGCCCGUAGCUACACCCUGGACAGGAAGCAGUUUGGCCGUCCUCUGGCCAACAACCAGCUGAUCCAGAAGAAGAUGGCUGAUGCACUUACAGAAAUCUCUCUUGGCCUCCAAGGCUGUUUGCAUGUGGGCCGCCUCAAGGAUGAGGGCAAGGCCACCCCAGAGAUGAUCAGCCUCUUGAAGCGCAACUCCUGUGGCAAGUCCCUGGACAUUGCCCGCAACUGCCGGGACAUGCUGGGUGGCAACGGCAUCUGUGAUGAGUACCACGUUGUGCGGCAUGUGAUGAACCUGGAAGCUGUGAAUACCUACGAGGGAACCCAUGACAUUCACGCACUCAUCUUGGGCCGUGCUAUCACAGGGCUGCAGGCAUUUAGUGCUAAUUGAGGUAUGAGUCAAAACCUUAGUAUGUUUUCUCUUCAGUAGCAUUUAGCAGUACCAAUAAUAUGCUGCUCUGAUCUUUGCUUCCUGUAUGUAUGUGUAAAUACCUUAUGGUUUAUGAAGGGGGGGGGUAAGUAUGAGUGUGUUUCAUCAUGUUCUGAGCAAGUGUUGGAUUUAUCAUGGGUGUGAGUGAUGCCUGGAGUGAUGUAGGGUAUGGGGCAAGACCACACUAAUUGGUGCUGCUGUGGUUUACCUGUCUCUGUCUAGAGGGAAGGAUUGAGAGAGAAAGGGUAUGAAAGUGUUUGUUAGUCUUCCAGCAUAUUGUAGAGAUUGCAGGAAGGUAAUUUUCCUUAAUAGGAAAAUAUUUCAUAUUAUUCAUACUUCUAGUGUACCUAAUUAAGUCAUACCAUGUCAUAAACUGUUUGUCUGCCUGGAAUUGUCUCAAGUUCAUGAUUCAGGGUAAAAGUUGUUGAUUGUUUGUGGCCAGUAAAGAUGAUAUCUUUUA